AUGGCGCUCAUCUCUCUCCGCAAUCUUCGCACCCAGUGGUUCCCGCCUAAGGCGGCGUUUACUGAGAAAGAAUUGCCUCUACAGCAGGGUCGGGUUUUUAUUGUGACAGGAGGUAAUGCCGGCGUUGGGUUUGAAUUAUGCAAGAUCCUAUAUGCCUCCGGGGCCACUAUCUAUAUGGCAUCCAGAUCUAAGGAGCGUGCUGAAACCGCAAUUCAAUCCAUUAUGAAGGCUCAACCCACGCCGAAGGUGCCCGGCACGAUUAAAUUCCUUUAUCUCGACCUCAACGACUUAGAAUCAGUCAAGGGGGCGGCUACUACCUUCGCUCAACAAGAAUCAAGGCUCGAUGUUCUCUGGAACAACGCGGGAACUGGAGCGAACCUGGUAGAAGCCGGUGCGAAAACAGCCCAGGGAUUCGAGGCGAUAGUGGGGAUGCACUGUAUCGCGACUUUACUAUUCACUGAGCUCAUACGACCGCAGCUACGGGCAGCCGCAGGAGCGCCUGAGACACCUCGUGGAUCUGUUCGUGUAGUGUGGACCUCUAGCUUUUUAGCGGAGGGCGCCUCACCAGCAAACGGGAUUGAUUUCGCUAUGUUAGACAAGGGAACCAAAGAUCGCACUCGUAACUAUGCUGUCUCGAAGGUAGGAACCUGGAUGCUGGGACGGGAGUUGGCCCGACGAUCCCAACUUGAGCAAGAUAGUAUUGUGAGCGUGGUGCAGAACCCGGGCAAUCUAAAUGCGGGCUCCUAUGCAGGGACUGGGGUAGUUGCUAUGUUUUUCAUUAGCCCGUUGCUUCAUGAGGCUAAGUUUGGGGCGUAUACUGAGCUGUACGCUGGUUUAUCAACUGAGAUCACCCUUGAGAAGAAUGGUGCCUAUGUUAUUCCCUGGGGGAGGAUCCGACCGGAUGAGGAUUGCCCACGACGAGAUAUCAUCAGGGCGAUGGCUUCGACCGAGGAUGGGGGACUUGGAUAUCCGACACAAUUUUGGGAGUGGUGUGAGGAGCAGUGGAAGCCCUUUGUGUAA